GGGACGACUAUGGAGGGACGGACAGGAAGUCCAGGGUUAUUUACAUCGAUGUUUACUAAAGAACUUAUGGCACACACUUUAUGACACAUGAAAUACUCCCCACUCCCACAUUAGAGAAGAAUUAUAAUUAAAGAAUUAUUUCUUACAUCUUUGGCGAUUGUUAAACUUCAUUUGGUUGUUUUACGAUGUCUUUUCAUUGCUUCCAAUCUGCAGUAUGUUCAGGGAUGGUCUAAAUGUCUUUGUGCCUCUCUUUGUCUCUGUGUCUCUUACUGUCUUUGUCUCUGUGUCUCUUACUGUCUUUGUCUCCGUGUCUCUUACUGUCUUUGUCUCUGUGUCUCUUACUGUCUUUGUCUCUGUGUCUCUUACUGUCUUUGUGUCUCUCUGCCUUUUAUUGGCACUUCAUGCUUUGUGGCUCCAUGUUGAUAUCUGGCCCCCUAAAGGCUUUUGGCGUUUUCUUGCCUAAAGAACAGACAACAAACGGCCAAGAGUCUCCCUUUCUUGUGGACUAUUUUCAGCAGCGGAUUGUGUCCGACUGCACAACAAAGUGUGCACGUGUUCACAAACACGUCUGAUUCAUGUGAUCUGCACACCUGACACCAUCCCAAACUGUGUGUGAUGCUCCUGAUCAACACAACAAAUGAAGUCCAGCAGGUGGCAGCAGGCGGACACGACGAACCGGACGCUCGUCACAGAAAAACUGUCUGAGCAUGCGCAGGAACCCGGAAGUGCACCGAGUAAACAACCGAGCGAGCUUCUUCUCGUUCUCCGCCGUCUGCUCACAUGUCCCAGAUCGAGAUGCUGAGGCUGCUCAUCACGCAGCGGCUCACCGCCGCCGCGGAGGAGAUCUUCGGCGUGUUCGGAAGAACCAUCGCCGACUACGAGGAGAAGAUUUCCCGCUCCGAGCUGGAGAUCUCCCGCCAGCGACGGCUGCUGGACCUCACGAGGAAGCCGCGUGUCUCUGUGCGGACGGCUGUCUGCGAGCAGCAGGACUGGAGCUCCGGUCUCAGUGAUGCCGAGCCUCCUCCCAUCAAGGAGGAGCAGGAGGAGGAGGAGCUGUGGCCGGCUCAGAGGGAGGAGCACAACGACGUUAAGUUCUCCUUCUCCCCGGGCAGCGGCGCUGGAGACGGGCGGCUCGGCGACGAGGAGCCCUCCUCGCCUUCGGGGCUGCAGGACCCGGGCGACUCCGAGCCGGACCCCCUGCCCGGCCCCUCGGUCCAGCAGCCCCUCCCCGACGUCCAGGGUGUGGUUCCGGGGAAUGAUGUGGUGGACUCCUACAUCUGCACUAUCUGCGGGCGCGCCUUCGCGCAGCGAGCCCACUGGGCCAAGCACGCGCAGGCGCACCGCGGGGGGGGCGGGGCCAAGGCGGACAAGUCGUACACCUGCGACAUCUGCGGGAAAAGACUGACGCGCUUCGACGGCUACCAGAAGCACCUGAGGAUCCACACGGGGGAGAAACCCUACCGCUGCUCGCACUGCGGCCGCCGCUUCAGCGACAACUCCAACUACAAGAGGCACGUCCGCACGCACGAGGGGGCGGAGACGGGCUGAGGGGCGGGGCCUCAGGGGGUCCUGCCCCUCCUCCUGCUGCUCCUCCCCCUCCGUCAGUCACAAUGAAUCCUCUACCUAAGGUGAUGUUUUGUGGCGUCGACUCGCUUUGUUUUUAUAAUCAGACGAACUGAAGCCGGUCCGGAGGAGGAGGAGCAGCAGGAGGAGGAGGAGGAGGAGGAGGAAUAUAUAUCAUUUUUCUAUUUUCCACACAACACCUCACAGAUGCAUCCAACAUAACCCGACAGUCUGCUUCCACUUACAUUCUCCUUAGCCCCCCCCCAGCCGAACGGGAGAUACUGUAAAACUUAAUGGCCGACCAGCAGUGAGUAACCGUGGCGACGAUGCUUCCACCAGAGCCUCCGGUAACCCUGGACACCAGACCAGAUAUUUGAGGGAUUAUCGUCCUGUGGUGAACUUUGACCUUCAGUACCACACUAACGGUGGAAAUCAAUCAUUCUUCCACUCAAAGAUUCAACUGAUUUGUGUUUUUAGUUACGUUAACUGAAAUAAGCAACUGAGAAUUUUCUAUGAAACUGUCCUACUUUUUUACAUAUUAAAAUAAACUCAACAGCG